AUGAAGGCGAGUGUCGCGGCGAAGAGGGCGGCUCCCCUCGAGCGCGAGUCCGCCCCCCCAGCGAAACGAGCCGCCUCAUCACUAUCGUCGAGCAACUGGCAGCAGGACAUAAUCCUCGCGAUCGCCGCCAAGAGGGCCGCUCGUCCCCGACCACGCAGGUCCUACGCCGAAGGUGUCAUGCUGAUGGCCCAAGAAUUUCUGGAUGACAGGUUGAUGCCCUGCGACAGUCCUGACGACAACAAAGGCGACGAGCUCGAUGAAAACGAUGAUACACCACUGAGCCUCAUUUUCCAAGGCGUCAACCCCGAAGACGGUAAACUACAUCACCCGGAAGCGCAAGACGGCGAAACGAAACACGGCAAAGCAAAGGUCGGCGAAACAAGAGACAGCGAAACAAAAGACGGCAAACCAAGCGACCCGAACUCUAAAAAUAGCAACCUCCGUACACGCCAAAUCAGUCCCGAUGACUUUAAAAUCCCACGCCUACGCCGCUGCCCCUUUGAUAUUAACACUAUGACGAUUAUCGGGCCUGUUCAUCCCCACAAGUACCGGCAAGUCGUCCACUAUCCAAGCAAGAACACGCCAGACAUAGACGGCGGCUUCGAUGGCUAUAAUUGGAAAGUCUGCUUCGGCGACCGCGGGCCCUUUGUCUUAAAGGUUUUCUGGGACCAGGAACCGCCUGAGCCGUGGUAUUACUACGCUUUACAGCGUGAGUGCCAGAAUGUCGCCGUUCUACAGAUGAUGCAGGCAGCGUUUAGGCUCACAGAUGACGUCGGCCCGGUGAUUGUGCAGCCACACCCGAGCACAUGGGACGUGGCAUUAAACAACAUGCUCGCAUUCUCUAACGAGCACCGGCAGCGUAACGCCCAGGCAAUAGCGGCCGAUGCCGCCUUCCUAGACCACAAGAGGCAGCUUACCUGGAUGCCGCGUAUAAGACGGUGCUAUGGCUGGACGCGUAUCACAGGAACAAGGCUAGACAAGGAGUUGCCGCCCGAAUGGCAUCCUCGCCCUGUUACGCUUAAUCACAAGCUAAGAGAGCUACAGCGGGAUCUCACAUACACGGCGCUUAUCUACGAGUAUAUCCCGGAGGCCCCUAACGACGAGGCGGCGCUGGCAGAUUCGCUAGCGUUUUUUCGGGAUGCGGGCUUUGCGCACACAUUGACAUCGCUAGCGAGGAACUGGAAAGGGAAUGUUCUUAUCGACAUGUCAGACCUUGUCGCUGCGUGUGGCUGGAACUGGGACCGGUGGCGCCUAAUCCCUGAAUGUAUACUGAGAGCCAUCUGA